UAUAUUUUCAUUACUUACAUUUGGGCACUUGUCCCAGUACACUGCUGCGAUCUCUUCCAAGACUACGAGAGAGUUGAAACGACGGAGCGCACUGGAAGAUGCCUCAUCGUGUUGAAUUGGACCAUCCUUAACCGAUUUCUGCUACCCUUCGCGAUCCGAUUUUCCAUCUCGCCGCUAAAAUCGAAUUUCUAGAAGUGGAUCGACCUUGCCCUAGAUUUUUCAGGAUUCUCAUUGUAAGUAGCAUUUGUAUUUACAAACAUCUAAACUCUUGUAAUUAUUUCCCUCAAAAGAGAUUUUGUAUUUGGUCAAAAAUGGAAGCAUGGAAAAAUUGUAAGCUCAAUCAUGUUACAUGGCGGUCUAGUCUGAGGGUUCUUCCCAUUCAAUUGCUACUCAAUAGCCAGCUAUGAAAUCAAAUUACUAGAUUGAUUGGGCGAGCUCUUGAAUACAUCGUCACUAUUAAAUGGAUGCCAGAACAGGAGUUGGAUCUGCAAACCAGAGACCUAAACAAUCGUCACCAAAUUCUGAUGAUAUUAAUGUUAGAUUGCCAGAGGUUAGCAUAUCAGGUGUUCCAAGGCCUGUUCUGAAUUACUCAAUUCAAACAGGUGAGGAGUUUGCCCUUGAAUUUAUGAGAGAACGAGCAAUGUCCAAGAAACCGACUGCUCAAAAUGCAGCUAAAGAUCAGACUAUAACUACCAUUUACAUGGACACUAAAAAUGUGUCGAGCAUACCACAAACAUGGUCUGAAAGUGCCUUGGAUGGUUCAGUGCCCACAACCUUAGAUAACCGUCAGCUAAAGGAUUUUGAGAAGAAAAAUUUAGCUGGUACCGAACAUAGAGGUCAUUAUGCAUCAUCCAGGUCAAUGAUGCAGAUAUCAUCUGGUGAGGGAAGUGGCCGAACAACUUCACUUGGAUAUACUUCUUCAGUAGCUUCUGACAUCUCAUCAAAAAGGAUGAAAUUUCUAUGCAGUUAUGGUGGUAAGAUCUUACCUAGACCCAGUGAUGGAAAACUGAGGUAUGUUGGAGGUGAUACACGUAUUCUACGAAUAAGCAGGGAUACUUCGUGGGAGGAGCUUGUGCUAAAGACAAUGGAAAUAUACAGUCGACCUCAUAUGAUUAAGUAUCAACUACCAGGGGAAGACUUGGAUGCUCUUAUAUCCAUUUCAUCUGAUGAAGAUUUGCUAAAUAUGAUUGAUGAGUAUAGUCUUCUUGAAGGUGGUCAGGGAUCACAGAAACUCAGGAUGUUUCUAUUUGCUUCAGAUGAUACUGAUAAUGGACGCUUCAGCUUAGGCUCUGUGGAGGGUGGUUCUGAGAUCCAGUUUGUUGCUGCAGUCAAUGGCAUUGAUUUUGGUUCUGGAAAAUCGUCAUAUGGACAUGGAUUAGCAAACACUUCACUAAGUGAUCUAGACCAGUUGCUUAAUCUCAAUGUUGAGUCUGAAAUAUCUAAUGCUUACACUGGUAUGACUCAGUCAUCUGGUUUUGUUAUUGCCCCUGUAGCAUCUUCCACUACAUUUCCUUCAGGACUGCAGCAAAGCUCUUCUACUGACUAUCAUAGUCAUUCACAUGGUUUUGAUAACCAUAGAUAUAGUUAUGUUGAAGGUGAGCACUAUGUUGACAAUCCCAUCAAUCCUCCUGAUAUAUACCAAAAUUCAAAUAACAGCACCUCCAUUCCUCUAUCUGUGCUCCAUGAUUAUCAAUAUGCAAGAAAUUAUACUGAUUUUGGCAUUUCUAUUCAACCAGACCAACAAUCUUUCAAUCAAGGUGUGCCACAAGAUCAUUACUCUGGUAUAGGUACGUUUGAUCAAGAGACUGCAACAAGAGAUCAGAGUUCAGCAGCUGAUAGUUUCUCAUAUAAAAAAGUGGAGGAUGAGCAUAUCAGCUCCCACAUUCAUGAACCUAGUUCAACCAUGCAGCAGCAUGAUGUUUCCUUUUUGAGUCAUAUCCAUGCAGUAAGUAUGCAUAUCGUUUCUGAAAAAGAGAAUUUAACACUUCCUGUAGCAAACAUAGGGAAGCAAUUAGAUGCUACACCAGUAUCAUCAGUGAACUCUAUGAAUGCUAGUCACAAUUCUGACCUAAAUGAAGAUCAUGACCACUACUGUCAUGGCGGUUUGGAACCUAGUAACAUUGCUGAUGAAGCUGAUGCAUUUGAUGUGUGCUUGCUUGCAGCUCAAGAACCCAUUACUGAAAGAGCUGAUAACAUAAUUGAGGGAGAGCUGGUCUCACAUUCUGCGAAGUCUUUAUUAUUUGCAAAACCACCAUGCCAAAGCUAUGAACCAUGCUAUAAACAAGGGAGGAUGGUUCAAAAGCCUGAGUUUCAAAUUGCACCUUCAAAGUCUAUGUCUGAUAACCCUGCUGUUCAUGAGGAAAGGAUCUUACAGGAAUCCAAUAUGAGCAAACACACAGACAAGCCCAUAAGUAUUGUUGAUAUAAAAGAUGCGCAUGCUGAUGGAUCUUCCAUUAAACCUCUUGAAGGUACUGUUCUUCCUGAGAAUCCCUGGGUUGACACACAUACUAAGAUCACACAUAGUGCUGAUGUUGGUGAACAGGCUGUAUCUCUUUCUUAUGGUGACAACACCAUUGGAUGUCACUCGUUGGAGGAAUCUUCUGGACCUCCCGAGAGGAAAGAUAUUCUUAUCGAUAUUAAUGAUCGAUUCCCUCCAAAUCUUCUCUCUGAUAUCUUUAGUAAGGCCAAAGAGGAUUUGUCAAAUAUAAAUCCCCUUCACAAAUAUGAUGUUGGACUGACUGUGAACAUGCAAAACCAUGACCCUCAGCAUUGGUCUUUCUUCAGAAAUCUGGCUCAGAAUGAAUUCAACCAUAAAGACUAUUCUUUGAUGGAUCAAGAUCAUAUUAGUUACCAAUCCCAAAUUGCACAAUUGGAUAAUAAGAAAGUUGAUUUUGGUCAGAUCAAUGCACAAAUUGAAUUUAUUGAGGAAAUGCAAGAAUCAUCUAGUGCAAUGAUAGACGAUACCAACAUUUUGCACAAAGGUGAAGGUUUGCAGGUGGAGAAUCCUUUUACAAAGUUUGGAGAGACAUUAAGGACUUGUAUUUCGGAAAAUGAGGAAUUAAGAUAUGAUGGUGGGGAGGUUGCUGAUCCAGAUUUAGAUGUUUCUGCUUAUGAUCUGGACCUUAGUAAUGUGCAGAUAAUUAAAAAUGAGGAUCUUGAAGAGCUACGUGAACUAGGUUCUGGUACUUAUGGCACUGUUUACCAUGGAAAAUGGAGGGGUACUGACGUUGCUAUAAAGCGAAUAAAGAAGAGCUGCUUUACUGGUAGAUCAUCUGAGCAGGAGAGAUUGACCAAGGAGUUCUGGCGAGAAGCUGAGAUUCUUUCCCAACUUCAUCAUCCUAAUGUGGUUGCCUUCUAUGGUGUUGUAAAAGAUGGGCCAGGUGGAACCAUGGCAACUGUAACAGAAUUCAUGGUUAAUGGUUCUCUUCGACAUGUUUUAUUACGAAAGGACAAAUAUCUCGAUCGUCGUAAAAGACUUAUCAUAGCAAUGGAUGCUGCUUUUGGAAUGGAAUAUUUGCAUUCUAAAAACAUUGUUCAUUUUGAUUUGAAAUGCGAUAACUUACUUGUAAAUCUUAAAGAUCAAUCACGUCCAAUUUGUAAGGUUGGUGAUUUUGGUUUGUCAAAAAUUAAGCGAAAUACUCUAGUCUCUGGUGGUGUUAGAGGCACACUACCAUGGAUGGCACCAGAAUUAUUAAAUGGAAGCAGCAAUAAGGUGUCUGAGAAGGUAGAUGUUUUCUCCUUUGGCAUUGUCAUGUGGGAAAUUCUCACCGGGGAAGAACCUUAUGCCAAUAUGCAUUAUGGUGCAAUCAUAGGAGGCAUUGUGAAUAACACGUUGAGGCCUCCAGUGCCUGCUACGUGUGACCCAGAAUGGAGAAGGUUAAUGGAGCAAUGCUGGGCUCCCGAUCCAGUGCACAGACCAUCCUUCACCCAAAUUGCCGGCCAUUUGCGAGCUAUGUCAGUGCAGGCUAAACCAGCCAAAUGCUAGAUAGUGUAUAUUCGGGCAAAUAUAUUUUCCAGUUUGAUGAGUGUUACUUUUAUUGUUUUGAACUUGCGUGAUAGAGUAACGCAUGUUAUAAUUCAGUCAAUUUAGUACGAUAUCUGCAUAUGGAGUCGCGUUUUAUUUACUUGUAAUUUGGAAUCACAUAAAGUUUAUAUAUCAGCUACCUAGUUUGUACUA